UUCUGGCCACUAGGCUUGAGAAUGGGCCAAAUGGGACCAGACGAAGAGCAGCUUUCAAAACUGGAUAAACGGACCACCUCAACUUUGGUGGAUUGCAUCGUUGUAUGGGCUUGGAUUUAGAUUUGGGCUAGGCCUAGAAUGGAAGACUAGCUUCAGGCUUAGCUGCUCCAAUUCCAAUUCCGUUUUCACCAAGUAGUGGGUGGCAGUGGCAAUGAGUAAUGACAAAUUGACAAUGAACGACUGAGUGCGGCUGUAUGCAAUGCAAGUGGACUGACUGAACAAAGCAACUUUAUCUUUCUGACAUCGAGGAUCCUUGCUUGCAGUUGCUGCUACGGUUGUCAUUUGUCAAAGAGAAAGAGAGAUCUCCUCCUGCUCCAUUCCCAUCCCAUACAUUACAGAGCCCAUUUAAAUUUAAAUUAAUAUUGUACCAAAAAAUACAUGUAAUUAAUAAUUUAAAAAGAAAAACAAAAAAAGAAGGGACGUUGAUGCGGUCCCGUUGUUAUUGGGUAGGGGUGGGCGUUCGGUCGGUUCGGUUUGAACCGAACCGAACCACCACAGGCCGAAUUUCCGAGAUGCUCAACACGCCGACCGAAUUCGAACCGAGUUGUAAUUCGAUUCGACCGAACCGAAUUACAACUCGGUUCGGUUCGGAUGAUCAAAACGAACUGGUGGAGGCAGUCAUGUCGAUUGGUUUUGGAUUCUGGACUUCGGACUCGUUUUCGUCGAAAGGGCGGUACAAGAAGUGGAAGUUGAGGGACUUCCUUCUGUUCAGAAGCGCAUCGGAAGGGAGGGCGACGAGGGCGGAGCAGUUGUCGGCGGCGGCGAAAUACGCGGUGAUGUCGAGGAGGAGUCGCCGCCUGCCGAGGAGGAGGAGUCGGCGAGUCGCCGCCUGUCGAGUGUCGAGGAGGACUGGAGGAGGAGGAGUCGCGAGUCGCCGCCUGUCGAGUUCCGACUUCCGAGCAGAGCUGCUGCUUCGAGUUCGCGAUUCCGAGGGGAGGGCGAGGUCUGCGGCUGCGAGGAGGAGAGUGGAGACGAGGAGUCAAUCACUCAAUCUCCUGACCUAGGGUUAGAGGGCAGGCCGGCACUCGGCAGGCUGAGGACGUGAGGCCAGAGGCCCAAUUCAAUUGUGGGAUGGGCCAAGUAUUGGGCUGGGGAGGUGCUGGGCCAGUGGGCAUGGGUAGUGGGCUAGUAGCUAGUGGGUUGGGCUGGUUAUUAUUUCGGAAUUCGGUCGGUUAUUUCGGUUCGGUUCAAACACGUCUGGUUUCCGAAAUACACUACAUUCAUUUCCGAAUUUCGAACCUAAUUUUAUGUAUCUCGGUUUCGGUCGGUUUUUGUUCGGUUCGAUUCGGUUCGGUUCGGUAAAACAGAACCUAAUGCCCACCCCUAUAAUAUUGGGGCUUUUUUAGAGAGUUUUUUUUUUUUGACAAAUCAACUUUUUUAGAGAGUUAUUGGGGCUUUUUGUACUGUUGUAUUGUGUGGUAAUGUGGUUCUUUUCCUUACGCUACCGCGUCCUAGCGUCCGCUUUGACCUGUGCCCACGUGCUUAUGCUUAUCUCUUCUUUUCAGUUUUCACUUUUCAGGCUGAUCAUAGAAAGAUCUAUUAAGUGCCCAAAAAUCUCAUGUUUUUCUUGAUUGGGUACCUCGACUUCAAACUGAAUCAUUUUCAAGUACCUCAACUUACUAAAGUCGAUCGAUACUUUGGAAUUGGAUGGAAAAGAAAGUCGCUGCAGCACUAUUGCACAUGAAAGUUUUGCCGGUGGGAGUGGAACGAUGUCUAUCUGCAUGGCCUUAGUCAUUCAUGUUAAAAUUGUUAUUGUGGUAAUAAUCAAAUUAAUUAAGGCUAAAUUUCAUUCAAUAUGGAAUAAAAUGUCUUAAACAAGCCGUCUAAAUUUCAUUUAAUAUGAAAACAAUUAUCGUUUUUAUGAAUAAAUAAUAAUCAUAUGUUGUUACUAUCAUAAACUAUCAUUAUAUAUAAGCAAUAAUAAUAAGACUCACCAUCCAUGAUUAUCAUCAUCAUUCGAGUUAAUACAUCAUUCAUCAUCUCUGCACCUAAUAUAGUUAGCUUACAACAAACUCUUAACAUAAAUAUUAAAUACAUACAAAUACCACUCAAUAGGAAGUUAAAGCUCUCCUACAAAACACUUAAACUAUAUAUAGUUUGAGGUGACUGUCAUGGUAUUUUACGUAAUCCUAAAGUCUAGUAGUUGUCCACAAUGUUUUGGUUUAGUAAAUAGGCAUACCAAUUUAAUUUUUAACCCAUAAUAUUUUGGUUUGUUGUGGAGAUGGACAUAAAAUACGGAAUCCCGAAAGUUUGGUUUGGUUGGUUGCAUGAAAGUAUAAAUAAUUUUGUAUAUUAGGUAUAUCAUUAAUUGGUUAAUUGGUUUUAUUGGUUAGCAGUUUUGAAACCACACCAAACCACCUAAACCAAAUAAGCUAAAUUGUUUAACCAAACCAAAUGCUACCGGUUAAUAUGGUUACCACGGUAACCAAUCCGUUUGAACACCCCUAAAUGGGAUAGGAUAAGGUAAUUAACAAAGGGUAUCUUAGGGUCGUUUGGAUGGGUUAAUUGUCAAUGUGGUAUUUAUAGAGUCAAAUAACUCAUUUAUUGUUCAUUUUGAGUUAUUUGGGUGCAAAUAACCCAUUUGUUUACAAAAGUUGGUGAUGGGUUUUUUGUACUUGAGUUAAUUUGAAAUAACUCAUUAAUGAGUUAUUGUCAAUACCUCAUAGGGGUAGUUAUUGUGAAAUAACUCACAAAUACUACAUUCUCAUUUUGUGAGAAAUUCCACAUUUAUAUUAACUCGUUACACAACAACUCAUCCAAACGACCCCAACUUCGAUGAUGGUAGAGAUAAAUUAAGAAUAUUAUUAUAUUUUCUUAUUCUUAUAGUAUAGCUUUUAGUAUUUAUUUGUCGUUCUAUACUAUUACUUAUUUAUUGUCCAUGUCCUAAAAUCAAUAUAUAUUUUUUCAUAACAAUACAAGUUACUAUUCUUAAAAUCAAUAUAAACUUUUUUAGGUUUCAUAAUAAUACAAGUUACUAUUCUAU